UUCUGCAGCAUGUGGAUACCGGAAGCGGAAGUGGCAACUCGUCUAUUUUCCUGAGUGGUUUGUAAACAAACGACUGGAAGAAGGCUCCAUUUUAUUGUGCGACAUCAAGGCCGACAUGGGGGCUGUGCUGGGUCUUUGCACGGCAGCUAGCUGGAUUCCCUGCCUUUGUGGCAGUGCCCCAUGUCUGCUGUGCAGAUGCUGCCCCAGUGGGAACAACUCUACUGUUACACGUCUUAUAUAUGCAGCCUUCUUACUUCUUGGAGCAGCAGUUGCCUGUGUAAUGUUAAUACCAGGAAUGGAGGAACAGCUUAAAAAGAUCCCUGGGUUUUGUGAUGGAGGAACUAUGUCUUCGGUCCCUGGAAUAAGCGGGCACAUUAACUGUGAUGUUCUGGUUGGCUACAAGGCUGUGUACCGUGUUUGCUUUGGCAUGUCCAUGUUCUUUCUACUCUUUUCACUCCUUAUGAUUAAAGUGAAGAGCAGUCAAGAUCCUCGUGCUGCAGUGCACAACGGAUUUUGGUUCUUCAAGUUUAUUGCAGCUGUUGCAAUUACAGUUGGUGCAUUUUUCAUCCCAGAGGGGCCAUUUACAACAUUGUGGUUUUAUGUGGGCAUGGGUGGUGCCUUUUGUUUCAUCCUUAUCCAGCUGGUUCUGCUUAUUGACUUUGCUCACUCUUGGAAUGAAUCCUGGGUUGAAAAACUUGAGGAAGGGAAUUCCAGAUGCUGGUACGCAGCCUUGGUAUCUGCUACUGGUAUAAACUAUGCAUUCUCACUAGUGGCCAUAGUCCUUUUUUACGUUUACUACACUCACCCUGGAGGCUGUACUGAAAAUAAGGCAUUCAUUAGUGUGAAUAUGUUGCUUUGUAUUGGAGCUUCAAUAAUGUCUAUCCUGCCUAAAAUACAGGAAUCACAGCCCAGAUCUGGUUUACUUCAGUCUUCGGUGAUAACAGUUUAUACAAUGUAUCUUACCUGGUCUGCUAUGACUAAUGAGCCUGAUCGUAAAUGCAAUCCUAGCCUGCUGAGCAUAAUAGGCAUGAACACUACAACCACUCCAGGGCAAUCUAAGGUUGUGCAGUGGUGGGACGCACAGGGAAUCGUAGGACUUGUUCUUUUCUUGCUAUGUGUCCUUUACUCCAGCAUUCGGACAUCCACCAACAGUCAAGUGAACAAGCUGACUCUAACAAGUGAUGAGUCCACUCUUAUAGAAGAUGGAAGUCAAAACGAUGGGACCCCGGAUGACUUAGAAGAUAUGCACCGUGCUGUGGAUAAUGAGAGAGAUGGAGUAACAUACAGCUAUUCUUUCUGCCAUUUUAUGCUUUUCUUGGCAUCACUUUACAUCAUGAUGACUCUCACUAACUGGUACAGUCCUGAUGCUUCCUAUUUGGCAAUGACAAGCAAAUGGCCAGCAGUUUGGGUGAAGAUCUCCUCCAGUUGGGUGUGCAUUGGGUUGUAUGUGUGGACACUGGUUGCUCCACUGGUGCUGGUCAAUCGUGACUUUGACUAGUCAGAACAGUGAAUUAAUGUCAUUCCACAUCUAAAUGUGCCAGGAGCACUAAGCUUUUCAGCAGCAUUUGUUGUUGCUGCAUGCCUAAUCUUAGCAUUUCACAUAGUGCAUGGUACCAGUAUAGUAUAGUACAAUGUAGAUUUCAUUUUUACAAUUCACCCUUUACAAAAGUAUUAGCAGAAAAGUAUAGUGGAAGACCAGGCUGAGUAUGUAGAGCUGAUUGUGUCCUAUUGUAAGAAACAAUUUUCUAACCAGUGUUUAUUUUGCACCUUUAAUGCCUAGUAACUUACUGGCAUUUUAAUUUCACUACAAUUAAAAGGUCAAAUAUUUUUUUUUUUUGUGUGUGUGUUUUUAUUAGAGUGCUGCAUAAAGUAAAUCUGUUUUUUGUAAUGUAGGCUUCUGACUCUAUAGCCAAGUGACUUAUGUGAUAUUUGUAACCAAAUUGUUAAAUUAAAUAUAUUAAACAAAUUCCCUCUGUCAUUGAAUAUAUUGUAAUGGAAAACAGCACACCAUAAUUUAUUUCUUGCAUAUUGGAGAGUAUAUUGUAAAUUAUCUGUUGCAUUAAAAUCAAGUAUUUUAAAUAUUAAAAAAUAGUUGGGAAUGCAAAUAAAGUCUGUUUACUGUAAUGGAAAUGUAAACACCUCUGCUUUUUAAAAACAAAAAAAAUGUGCUUGUACUACAAUUCGCACACAGGCCAAUAAGCUAAAUAUAUCAUAUAGGUUUUCAAAAUGCUGCAGAUAAACAGUUGGUUUAAGCAACUUUGCAGCGGUUUUAAAACAGUUUACAGAGCUUGCUUUUAGCAAAAGGUUUAAUGUCCCUUUAAUCUAAUCUAGGCAUCAGUUUUCCAUUACUUACCAACAAAAAACAAAUUAGGAGUGGUAAUUUUGUAGUGGUGUGAUUUUUCAUUAGUUUAUAUGAUGAUAAAAAAAACAAAUGGUAACUCGUUUCUGGUCAAAUCAUUUCCAAUACAUAAUAGUUUUUGGGAGAAUAUAAUAAAUGUAACUUAACUGUGUGAAAUUCUGACAUUUUAUUUUGAAAUUAGUUUGAUUUAAAUUUUGUUUGCAAUUAUGCCUUUUGAAUCAAGUUUAAGAACAUUUGUUUGCAUCAUUUCAUUGAAUUUGCUGAAUGUCUUUUGUCUUAACUUUUUGUGAAACUUUUUUCUGUAUUAUCUUAUUAAACAAUGGAAAAUCA